AUGUUCGCGCUCCAAGAUGCCUUUCAACGCACCCGGCUCGGUGUCGCGGCGCACUCAGCCCUUUUCUCAUCGCCAGCCCCGGCGCUGCCGGUCUCGCCCUCGCAUGUCCGCAGCCAGUCUAUCGGCUCGCCAUCGACUCCUACACCCCCAGCUUCUACGCCAGAGACCGCCUCCUUCAGGCAUUCCCGCCAGUUCUCCAAGAAUGCCGUGUCCAGUACCUUUGCGCCUUCCUUCAUCAAGGCCGAGGACAUGAAGCAGGGUCCCGAUCCUGUUGAUGGCAUUGAGGGCGAGAAUGACUUCUCUGGCAAGCGUUAUGUCUGGGUCAAGGACACAGAGAUGGCCUUUGUGAAGGGCUGGGUUGUAGAGGAGUUGGAAGGAAAUCGUAUCUUGGUCCAAUGUGACGACGGAAGCCAACGAGACGUCGACGCCGAUAGCGUUGACAAGGUUAACCCUGCCAAGUUCGACAAGGCAACUGACAUGGCCGAGUUGACACAUUUGAACGAGGCCUCCGUGGUCCACAACCUCUACUCGAGAUAUCAAGCCGACCUGAUCUACACCUACUCGGGGCUUUUCCUUGUCACAGUGAACCCUUACUGCCCUCUCCCCAUCUACACCAACGAGUAUAUCGACAUGUACAAGGGGCGCAAUCGAGAAGACACGAAGCCACACAUCUAUGCCAUGGCGGACGAGGCUUUCCGUAAUCUGGUCGAGGAAGGCCAGAAUCAGAGUAUCCUCGUCACCGGAGAGUCAGGUGCAGGCAAAACCGAGAACACGAAGAAGGUUAUUCAAUACCUGGCGGCUGUUGCUCAUCCUGACUCGAUGAUCAAGAACCGAUCGCAGCAAUCGAACCUCUCCCAACAAAUCUUGCGCACCAACCCGAUCCUUGAGGCCUUUGGAAACGCCCAAACAGUCCGAAACCACAACUCGUCGCGCUUUGGAAAGUUCAUCCGAAUCGAGUUCAGCCGACAUGGUGCCAUAACGGGUGCCUUCAUCGACUGGUACCUGCUGGAAAAAUCGAGGGUUGUCCGUAUCAACUCGCAGGAGAGAAGCUACCACAUCUUUUACCAGCUUCUGAAGGGUGCCAGCCCGCAGAUGAAGAAGGAUUUCCUCCUUCAAGGUCUUGGUAUUGAGGAUUUCCAGUACACCCGCCAUGGCCACGAUACCAUCGUUGGAGUGUCAGAUCGGGAAGAGUGGGACUCCCUUAUGGAGGCCUUUGCAGUAAUGGGGUUUGAUUCGCAGGAGCAGUCCUCUAUCCUGCGUACCAUUGCCGCUGUCUUGCAUCUCGGAAAUGUCACUGUCGUUAAGGAAAGCCGAUCGGCAGACCAGGCUCGCCUCGACAUAGGUGCGAAAGAGCAAGCUGCCAAGGCCGGCCGCGAAUGGGUGGAGAAGGUCCAGACUCCGGAGCAGGUCCGCUUGGGACUCGAUGCCCUCUCUAAGGGUAUCUACGAACGCGGAUUUGGUGACCUCGUGACCCGCAUCAACCGCCAACUAGACAACAACGGUGGCCGCAGCGACGACACCCAUUUCAUUGGCGUUCUGGAUAUUGCCGGGUUUGAAAUUUUCGAGGAGAACAGCUUCGAACAACUCUGCAUCAACUACACAAACGAAAAGCUACAGCAAUUCUUUAACCACCACAUGUUUGUACUGGAGCAGGAAGAGUACGCGAGGGAGCAGAUCGAGUGGAAGUUUAUCGACUUUGGACGCGACUUGCAGCCGACUAUUGAUCUCAUCGAGCUGCCCAACCCCAUCGGUAUCUUCAGCUGCCUCGACGAAGACUGCGUCAUGCCAAAGGCCACCGACAAGACUUUCACCGAGAAACUUCACUCGUUGUGGGAUAAGAAAUCCCCCAAGUACCGUUCGCCCAGGCUAGGCCAGGGUUUCGUGCUCACUCACUAUGCUGCCGAUGUAGAGUACUCGACAGAAGGGUGGUUGGAGAAGAACAAGGAUCCCUUGAACGACAACAUCACUCGCCUCUUGUCAACUUCGUCAGACAAGCACAUAGCGUCGCUCUUCGCCGACUGUGCUGAAACAGACGAUAUUGGUGGAAUUCGAAGCCGAAUGUUCAAUAAUGUCCUUGUCCUGGACCAGCUCCGAUGCAAUGGUGUCUUGGAGGGCAUCCGCAUUGCUCGCACCGGAUUCCCCAACCGGCUGCUGUUUGCUGAGUUCCGCCAGCGAUAUGAGGUCCUCUGCUCCAACAUGCCGAAAGGAUACCUGGAAGGCCAAGUGGCGGCGACCUUGAUGCUUGAGAAGCUGGGCCUCGAAAAAUCAAGGUAUCGUGUUGGGUUGACCAAGGUCUUCUUCCGGGCUGGUGUAUUGGCCGAGCUAGAAGAGAAGCGCGACGCCCUGAUUACCCAGAUCAUGGCUCGCUUCCAGUCAGUUGCUAGGGGAUUUGUCACCCGGCGUUCGGCACACAAGCGCUUGUUCCGUACCGAGGCCACAAGAAUCAUUCAGCGAAACUUCCAUGUGUACCUCGAUCUGGCCGACAAUCCUUGGUGGCAGCUCAUCAGCAAAAUGAAGCCCCUUCUUGGCGCUACCCGCACUGCCACCGAGGUGAAGCGGCGAGACGCCAUGAUCAAGGAUCUCAACGAGAAGAUGCGCCUCGAGUUGGAGAACCGCCAAAAGCUAGAGGAUGAGCGCAGGAACUGCAACACGGAGCUCGCGCGAAUUCAACAAACUUUGGAGAGCGAACGCGCCCUCGCCUUGGACAAGGAAGAGAUUUUUAAACGACUCCAGGAGCGUGAGGCGGAGCUCGAAGAGAAGCUGAGCGGGGCACUGGACGACCAGGAACGACUUGAAGAGCAGCUGGAUAGCCUUAUGGAUGCCAAGAACCGUGCUGAGCGCGAUGUCGAAACGUACCGUUCCCAACUCGACCAGGCCGCUUCUCUGAUCGCCAAAUUGGAGGAGGAAAAGGGCAAGCUUACUGUUCAGGUGGCCGAGCUCGAGAAGACUAUCGAGGAGCUCUCACAGAAACAGUCAGAGAGGAGUGAGCAUGAGGAGGCCCUGGAAGGCGAGAUUGAAUUGCUACAGAGCCAACUGGCCUUGAAGGAGAGGAAGUCGCACGAGCUCGAGAGCAAGCUGCUCAAGAUCGACCAGGAUGCUGAGGUCAAGCUUCGUGCUGCAGAGAAGGAACUUGAGUCGCUUGCGCAACUGUCAAAGACAUCGACAGAUUACGAGGACCUAGUCCGACAGAAAGAGAGCGAGCUGGCCUUCCUCCGGAAGGAGAACAAACGAUACGAAUCGGAACGCCGCGGAUUGGAGGACCAGAAGAAGGCAUUGAGUGCGGACAGGGAAAGCGCCACGAACAAGCUGCACGCCAUCCAGGCAGAGAUUGACGUCAUGAAGUCGAAGCAGUUCCAGCUCCAACGCGAGGCUGAAGACGCCAACAAGCUUCUCCAGGCGCGUCUGUCUGAGGACGCUCAGGUCGACAAGAAUCUCCAGGUGCUCGAGUGUCAGGUCAAGGAUCUGAAGGAGCAGCUGUACACGACGCAAUCAGAACUCAGUCGAGAGCGCCAAUCGCGCGAUGACGUCCAGCUCCUCGGGGAGCACAAGUAUGAGUCGCUCAAGGAGGAAUACGACCAGCUCAACGACACCAAAAUCACGAUUGAGAAGGAGCUCUACGCGCAGCAAGACACCCUGAGAAGGACAAUGGAGUCCCGCAGUGCGGUUGAAAAGGAGAGGGACGAGGCACGUCAUGAAAUUCGACGACUCCGAGCGGCCAAGGCAGAGGCGGAGGAGGCCAGGUUGAGGGCUGAGGAAGCUGGCGAGCGCCAGGCUUCCAAUGCCGCCCGUGAACGUGAGAUGAGUCUCCGGAAAGACCUCGACGCUGCAAGCGAGCGCUUGCGGUGGUUCGAAGAGGAGUGUACCAAGUUAAACCAUCAGGUUGAGGAUCUCAACAAACUCAUUCUUACGUCGGGCGAGUUCGGUCUCAAGAACGAUCAGGCUAAGGAGAGGAUGGAACGCGAACUAGGCACUGUGAAGAGUCGUCUGAUGGCCUCGGAGAACGACAACAGAGCCCUGCUCAACAAGCUUCAGCAAAAGGGUCUGGAAAUUGCUCGUUCUUCUUCUCGUGCAAGCGAGGCUUCCCGUGGGCAGAUCAUGUCCCUCCAGCGGGAAAAGGCUCGCCUGGAGGAACAGAGCGUCAAGCUCAACAAACAGCUUGGUGAUGCUCAGGUCACCAUUACAUCCCUAGAAAAAAAGGCAGAGAAGCUGCAGCUCAGUAUCGAGGACCUGAACCACGAGCUCGCACGCGAAGCAAAGUCGAGCAGGGACGCGGAGAAGACAUCAUCUACCGUCAACGCCCAGCUGACCGAGGCCAACAGAACAAUUGAGUCAGAGCGUCAAAUGCGGAGCCAGGCGCAGUCGACCAUGCUCAAGGCUCUUCGGUCGGCCGACCCUGGGAUCGAAGUUCCGCCUCCGGGAGAAACCGGCGACAAGGCCACGCUCAAGAACUUCGACCUGGCUAGGAAGGUUGAUGAGUUGCAACAGAACCUCCGUGUCCAGACGGCAGCGAGGACCAACGCUGAGAACCAGAUUGCCGACCUUCGGGCGGCAGCUCAGCAGGAGACGACCAACCGGCCGAAGCUUGAGGAGAUUCACUUCAACGAGGCGCCGUUCCACAACGGAUCGCCAACACACCGACGGGCCACCAAGCUUGCAGCCAACCGAACACCCUACUCCAACACAUCUACUCCCACGCGCCGCAUGCCCGAGAAUGACUUUCCAGAUUCGACCCGAUCGGACAAGACGGCGGAUAUCCUCAGCUUCAACAACCGGCAGGACCUCAAGGCGGAGCUGGAGGAGCUGCAGAAUCAGCUGCAGCUUGCCCAGAUGCAGAACCGGCAUCUUCAGAGCCAGAAACUUGAGAAAGUCAACGGCCGCUUGCAGGAAAUGCUGGACGACUCCACGAAAAAAGUGUCUGCACUGGAAAAGAGCAUCCGCAGCGGCGAGCUGUCCCUCCGAGACAUUCAGACGCGCUCCCACGAGGAGCUCUUGGAUGUCUUCAACAGCCAAGAGCAGUCGCGACGGUCCCUCCUGCAUAUCCACAAGGACACUGUCGCGGAGUUGACCGAUAUCAAGGCAACCUUUGAGAAGCUGCGCCACGACAAGGCCCAGGCGCAGGUCGACCUCCGGGACGCCAAGUCUGAUCUCCAGGAGAUGACGAUGGCGCGCGAGCAAGAGUCGCAGAGCCGCAGCCAGCUCCUGCAGGAGUACUCAGACCUCCAGAUUCGUCUCGACGCCGAGACGUCCAAGCUUGCGGAUGUAACAGCCAACCUUGACAUGUACAAGCGUCGCGCCGACGAGUACUUCAGCAAGCUCGAGCAGGCUGAGAUUGCGGUGCUGAAGGCUAGCCGGGCUGAGCAGUUUGCUAAGUCACAGGCCAGGGAGACAGAGGAGUCGCACGCUGAGGUCAUGGCCGAGCGCCAGAAGAUGGAUGCCAUGAUUGAGGACCUAGAGCGCCAGAACCAGCGGCUCGAGGAGCGUCUGGAGGACAUGUCGACGGACCUGGAUGGCGUCUCGCAGGCUAAGAGGAGGCUGCAGCACGAGCUCGAGGAUUACCGCAGCCAGCGGGCCAUCGACAUUGAGGACAAGGAGUCGAGCAUGGAACAGACUCGUAAGAAGUACCAGGCAGAGUUUGCGACCCUCACCAAGGAACUCGACCUGGCACGCGAGGAGAAGCUCUACAAGCAGUCCGAGAUUGUGCGUCUACGCGAGGAGCUCGACGAGCUGCGGUCCAAGUGGGACGACGAGGUUCUCAACAGCUCGACAUGGGCUAAAGAGAAGUCGCGACUGGAGUCGACGCUGGCCGAUGUCGUCUCGUCGCGCGACGAGGCUGUCUCGGCGCACAACGAGGCUCAGACCAAGGUUGUCUCCUUGCUCUCGCAGGUCCGCACGCUGCGGUCGUCCGUUGACGAGGUGACGACUGAGCGCGACCUGUUGAUCAGGGAGAAGCGCAAUCUUGAGGCUCGCUUCGAGGAAGCCAAGGCAGGUCUGGACGAUCUGGCCAAGGGCGGUAGUCCGUCGCUGCGCGACGCAGCCAGCUCAGACAGGCAGAUUGUCGAGCUCAAGUCCAACCUGGCCAAACAAGAGGACCUUGCCGCCGCUGCGGUGGAGAAGAUGCGGCGAGCCGAAUCAUUGGUGGCCGAGAUUCAGAGAGACAUGGGCAACGAGCGGGAGACGUGUGCUGCCCUCCAGAAGGAUAAGGCUGCUCUCGAGAAGAACCUCAACGAAGCCCAGCUCAAGCUGGUUGAUCUCGAAACCAAGGGCUACUCCAGCGCCAGCCAGGACAUCAAGUUCCUGUACAAGCGUAUCCAAGAGCUCGAGAACCAGCUCGAAGACCAAGAGAAUGAGCGGAACAAGACGCAGCGCACCACGCGCAACGUGGACCGCAUCGUCAAGGACUUGCAGGGCCAGAUUGACCGCAAGGACAAGCAGAACACGCAGCUGUCGGACGACGUGUCACGGAUGCGCGACAGGGUGGAUAAGCUCCUCCGAACUAUUGACGAGCUGCAGUCAUCCGAGUCGACGAACCAGCUCACGGCCCGUAGAGCCGAGCGUGAGCUGCGUGAGGAGAAGGAGAAGUCGCUGCGUCUGGAGCGCGAGCUCGAAGGCUGGAAGAGCCUCAGGGACAAGGCCACGGGAAGCCCGCGCGGGCCCGACCUGGUGGACGUGCCCAGAAGGAAGAGCAGCAUUAGCAGAGUGCCUAGCCUUACCAAGGGUUUCCUGUAA